UUUAAACCUAUAAGAGAAAUAAAAUUAAUAAGUAAAAUUAAGUUUUAUCGAAAUUGAUGAGUUGUUUAAAUAAAAAGUGCAAAAUAAUUUGUGCGAAUGAAGUGAAGUUGUUUGUGAUAUCUGUUGCUUUUGGGGUAAUAAAGAAGUAGAAAAAGAGGGGUGGAAAUCAAUAACUAUCAGAGUAACUUGUUUUUUUAAGACUUGAUUAAAACGAAAUGGAUAUCAUUAAACCGACAACUGAAGACAAUUGUAAAACUUACAAAAUCCGUUGGCUAAUUUUAAUCCUUUUCGUUUUAUACUCAGCAUCUAAUUCGUUACAAUGGAUUCAAUACUCGAUCAUUGCAAAUGUUAUUGUUAAAUUUUUCGAUGUAUCAUCGGUUGCGGUUGAUUGGACAUCAAUGAUUUUUAUGAUACUUUAUAUUCCAUUCGUUUUUCCUGCCAGUAUGAUUUUAGAUAAAUUUGGGUUAAGAAAAACUGUGUUAUUGGGUACAAUUGGAACGACGAUAGGAACGUGGAUUAAAGUCGCUUCGAUUCGACCAGAUUUGUUUUGGGUGAGCUUUUUGGGGCAAAGCGUUGUGGCUCUUUCGCAAGUUUGUAUUUUAUCGGUUCCGGCACGAUUAGCAGCUGCUUGGUUUGGACCUACUCAAGUUUCUUCAGCUUGUAGUAUAGGAGUUUUUGGAAAUCAAUUGGGAAUAGCCUUAGGAUUUUUAAUACCACCUUGGGUUGUUUCUGAUGGAACAACUGAUGAAGUUACAUCAGGAUUGUACAAACUAUUCAUAGGAACAGCAAUUUUUUCUUCAGCAAUCACAAUAUGCACCUUUUUACUUUUCAAGGAUACACCCCCUACACCACCUUCGAUGGCCGAAGUGUUAAAGAAAACCGAAAGCGAUACCAGCUUUAAAGCUUCGUUGAUCGCGUUAGGUUCGAACCGAAACUUUAUCCUUUUAAUUUUGGGUUAUGGAAUUAAUGUGGGGAUUUUUUAUGCGAUUUCAACACUUUUAAAUCAAAUUAUUUUAAAUUAUUAUCCGGGAAAUGCAGUUGAUGCUGGUCAAAUUGGAGUUCUUAUCGUUUUAGCCGGAAUGGUUGGAUCUGUUGUUUGUGGAGUUGUGUUGGAUAAAACCAGGAAAUACAAGGAAACAACUUUAGCUGUUUAUAUCUUAUCUUUAAUAGCGAUGGUUCUUUUUACGUUUACUUUAAACUCGGGGAUAAUCAUAGUUUAUGUAACAUCAGCGUUUUUAGGAUUUUUUAUGACGGGACUUUUACCGGUUGGAUUCGAAUUAGCGUCUGAAUUAACAUAUCCAGAACCGGAAGGAACAUCAGCAGGAUUAUUAAACGCUGUGGUUCAAGUUUUCGGGAUCGUUUUAACAUCGGGUUAUUCAAUCAUUUUUAAUAAACUAAACGAUCUUUGGGCGAAUGGAAUUAUGUGCAGCUUUUUAGUAGUUGGUUGUGUUUUAAUAGCUCUUAUUUCAUCCGAUUUACGAAGACAGGCAGCUCAUAACAAAAAAUUUAUUGAUAUACAAACACCACCUUAAAGAGAAAUAAGAAUAUAUUUUAUAUACAAACGACAAUAACACGAAUUUUUAAUGUGAUUUAAGUUUAGAUGCAGAUUAGAAACACCACUCAAAAAGCAUUUAUUAAUAAUAGAAGUUUAAUUUAUAGAUAUGUGAUAAAAAUUAAUACAAAGAAUUUUUUUUGGAAUUUUUUACCUCGAAUCAUGAAUUAUUCAGUUUAAAGAGGUUUGAGGUAAUAGUGGUCAUAACGCAUUACUCACAAAACAUAUUUUUGGGAAAAAUUGUUGAAUGAUCUGUGAUGUGGAAAAGUUGUAAUCGAAGCUAUUUUCCGAGAAAUAUGUUGCACUCGUUGAUCUGCACAUCAAAUAGAUGCUUUAUUUUAGAAAUAAUGAAUCAAAGUAAAAUAAAAUAAUGUAUGACACUUUAAAAAUGUAGAAAAACCAAUAAUUUUAAAUUAUUUAUUAAAUUUUCGAUUUUUUUUGUAAAUGUAUUUUAAGUUCCUGCCUUUUUAGACAAUAAAAAAUCAACUUAAAUUAAU